AUGGACGGCUCUCCAAUUGUUGCCCGCGGAGGGGCGUCACUCAGUCCAACGAGCCCGGCUAGCUCUCGUCACGGCAAUGGCGGUCCCAAGAGAAAGCGAAGCGGACCCGUCACCCACGAGAGCAGUCCCGGCAGCGCUCUGGAAGACGAUCACGGUGACCAUGGCGAUCACGAUAAGAAACGCCAGCCUGGCGUAAAGAGAGCUUGCAAUGAAUGCCGGCAACAGAAGAGUUGCUCGCGGUGCAACCGUCUGAAGCUCGAAUGCAAGAUCCAGUCCAACUUUAAACGAAUUGGCAAGCGUUCCAAGCACGCCGAGAUGGAAAAGGAGAUUGAGCGUUUGCGGCGUAACGUUGCCCGAGCAAAAGCCCAAGGCUUCACCGUGGAAGGCGGCGACGACGACGACUUGAAUUCCCCCGCGGCCCCCAGCGCUGCCCCCUACACCCACACUCGUAACCCGUCCCUGAUGGGUUCAGACGAGGCCGUUUCUUCCCUCCUUCAUCUCAAGAGGGGAGGCGCAUACGCCCUGCCGCAUUACUCGUACGAGCUAGAGGGCGUUCGACUGACCGAUGACAAUGUCACCCACCUGUUCAACGAGUUUUUCGCCUACUACCACCCGUUUCUGCCGUUUCUUAACCCCCAACAGCCUCCGGACCAGUACAACCAGCAGCACCCGUUGCUGUUCUGGUCCAUCAUCGCGGUUGCGGCCCGGCGCUUUAGCCCGCAUGACUGCGCCAAUCUUCUCACCAAUCUGUCGGGUCCAAUGACUCGGUUCUUAUGGACCACAAUCGGCGAGGUGCCCAGCAACUACCAUGUGGUCAAGGCCAUGUGCCUGCUCUGUACCUGGCCUCUGCCCACCAGCACUACCACGUCGGAUCCUACUCAUAUUCUCUGUGGUGUCAUGAUGAAGACGGCAACUGGCAUUGGGCUGCACCGGCCGAAUCACAUUAGGGAUUUUUCGAGGGUGUCGGUCGAACUCAACAAGGAGCAGUUGGCGGAUCGUGUCACCACUUGGGCAGUAUGUAAUAUCGUGGCUCAGAACGUGGGAACGGGAUACGGGCAGCCAGCAUCCACCCUGUAUGACUGGACCCUGGCCCUUCGGCCUGGUGACGAUCCAGCUCUACACCUUUCGACCGAUCUCGAAGCCCGACUGCAAAUCGAGCGAUUCUGCGACAAGGUGUCCAAGGAGAUGUACAGCAAUGCCAGCGAUCCGAGAGGUGUUGCUGGCGAUGAACAUCGCGCCAUGCUGAUGCGAGUCUAUCGUCGAGACUACGGCGAGCUUCAAGCUUCCGUCAUGUCCCAGCAGCUUGGACCCAUCGUCAAUCUGCAUCUUCGAGCCGCCGCACUUCACAUGAGACUGGCUGGCUUCUUCGACUCCAGCAAGACUCCGGGUUACAUGGAUGAUCUCAUGGGUCUUUGGAGGGCGGCGUCUAGUUUUCUCGAUGAGCUCCUCGAAGUCGACAAGGUCACUUCCCCGCGGGACAGCGUACGCGGAACAAUUCUGCUGUAUGCGACCAACUACUUGCAACAGAUGCUUGUCGCGGCUGGCUUCACUCUGCUGAAGCUGAUGAGAUCGUCUUUCUGCAAGACAAUCGAUUUUGCUCGCGGCCGAACAUUAUUCCACCAUUCCGUCAAAGCUAUCCGGGGGACCAGCGUGGUUCACAAUGAUCUGCAAUGGCGCUUGGCUGAACUGAUGGUGCAGAUGUGGGAAGGGGCUCGUCUCGACAGCCAAAACCACGCAUACGACCCAGAUGACGAUACGGCCGUGCAAAUGGACGACAGCCUACAGCUCAAAGUCCGCUGCCGUCACAGCAUGAGUCUGGUGUUUGAUUCGGUCUGGCGGUGGAGAGAAGAGUACCAAGCUCAAGGGCGAGGAAGCCUGGAGAAUACGAAGCACCCUACGCACCCAGAAUCAGCCAACGAGUCGUCGGCCUCAUCCUCGCAGCUCGACAACACCCUUAUGCCGUCCCAUCCUCUCUCUGCGUCAAGCAUGCUGACCACCAACGGGGCCUUGACACCCGGCGCUGCCGGCCUAUCGGCGGCCGCGGCCGCUCCGAGUACUAUAAUUGCCGGCCUGCCCUACGAAACGAAUUACGACUUUUUUGAUCCUCAACAUUGGAUGCUGGACGGUUUGGUCGAUCUCAAUUACGGUGGCUUUGUGCCUCCUCUCGAAGGCGCAUAG